GGCCGUUCUAGGGGGCAGCCCCCUCUUCUCCGCGCACGUCCGCCUGAGGCGAGCGAAGGGCCGUGAGCGCGGCGAGAUCCCAGCCCCAGCUCUGAGAUGAUGGGAUUGGGGAACACGCGCCGCAGCAUGAAGUCAUCACCCCUCGUGCUGGCUGCCCUGGUGGCGUGCAUCAUCGUCUUAGGCUUCAACUACUGGGUGGCGAGCUCCCGGAGUGUGGAUCUCCAGACGCGGAUCGUGGAGCUGGAGGGCAGGGUCCGCAGGGCGGCCGCAGAGAGAGGUGCCGUGGAGCUGAAAAAGAACGAGUUCCAGGGAGAGCUGGAGAAGCAGCGAGAGCAGCUCGACAAGAUCCAGUCGAGCCACAGCAUCCAGCUGGAGAGCGUCAACAAGCUGUACCAGGACGAAAAGGCGGUGUUAGUGAAUAAUAUCACCAUGAGCGAGAAACUCAUCAGAGUCCUGCAAGACCAGCUAAAGGCCCUGCAGAGGAAUUAUGGCAAGCUGCAGCAGGAGGUUCUGCAGUUCCAGAAGAACCAGACCAACCUGGAGAGGAAGUUCUCCUACGACCUGAGCCAGUGCAUCAGUCAGAUGAAAGAGGCAAAGGAACUGUGUGAGGAGCGGAUAGAAGAGGUCACCAGGAAGGGAGGUGAGGCUGCAGCACCCAGAGACCGGAGUGUCAACAAAGGCCAAAGUCAGCAGCUCCAAGGCGUCAGCGAGCCUCAGCCCAGGCUGCAGGAAGCAGGCCUGCCACAGGCAGAUGUGCCACAGAAGAACAGAAACGUGCCCAGCACCAGCGAGGUCCAGACACCAGCCCCCAGUUUCAAGGUGGCUUUGGACUUGAAGAGAGGAGAUGAGAAAGAGGAAACCAAUGAGAUCCAGGUCGGCAGCGAGGAAGAGCCUCGGAAGGACAGCCUGGGGCUGCCGCAGGAGCCGGGACGAGGGCAGGCUGCGGGCGACAAACCCGUGGGUGCCACAGGCCUCGGGGGAGCCCGAGAACUUGGCCAGACCCCACAGGUGCCAGCUGUGCCGUUGGAGAGCCAGGAGAAUCAGCAGACUGAGGGUGCUGAGCGGAACCAGCGUCUCGUCCCUGACGGGCAGGAGGGGCAGGAGGAGCAGGAUGUGGCCACGGAAGGCAGAAACCAGCCAAAACUGGGAGGCAGUGACUACAACAUCGAUGAAAACGAGGCGGAAUCCGAAACAGACAAGCAGGCAGCCCUUGCGGGGCAGGACAGAAAUGCAAAUGUUUAUAAUGCUGAAGAUCAGAAAAGACAUCAUAAAUUUACUUGAUCAGCGUGAAAAGCAGAAUCAUACACAUUGAAUCAAACCGGAAUCACGUACUUCACAUCAGGACUGAACAGAGAUCACUGCACAAUAUCCAUGAGGGACUGAAUACUCAAAACUAUGAAGUGUACUGAGUAAAACGUACAUUUAAAGCUGAUGAUUGUGGUGUUUUAGUAUGUAUGUUAUGUAGGAAAAAUGGGACUUUUUGACAGCUUUUUGAAAUGUCUAUAAUGUCAAGAUCUGUUGAAAUUUUUUGGCUGAUGGGUGUUUCAUGAGAAGAUUAACACCAAAAACAGAAUCCACAUUCUCCAAGUAUGAUGACAGGGCGCCUUUAUUCUGGAAUGUAACUGUGUAAACACAAGCAGCCCGGAGGAAGGGCCAUCUCUGGCUGCGCAUCGACAGCUCUUGUCCGCAGGCUGUGUGCCGAGCGCCCACUGAGCGACAGGUACGUGCUCCUGUGCCCCAUUUCCGAGUCUGACAGUCGGCAGCCUAGUGUGGUGACUUAACACAAACAAGUCUAAAUACAGAGCUGUUUUGUGGGAGAAUUGUAAAAAGACUGCUUGUAUAAUAGCCGUUGUCAUUCUUAAUGUUCAAAACACUAUUAAGUGACUUGUAAUUUGAACAUCUGUGAUCUGUAUUUACUCUGUUUCAUGUGUGUGGGCAAAGCAAAAUCUUCUCGAAUAACUACAUAUUACCCAGAAAAGGAAUGAGUGGAUUAGACUUUUGACAAAAUAGGGGCCAAAAUGGAGCUGACACCAGCACACGUGCGGCGGAGCCUGGUGAGGCACAGCAUUGUGAGGACGGGUUUGUCGUGGACACAUCUGUGCCUACUUUAUUACCAAAAGAGAAAGUUAAUUGAUACUGAAGGACAUAUUCAGUGUCACAAACUGGGAAUGUUUAGAAAGACAAGAGAAUGCAGUUCUUUUUGUCAUAGUUUACACAGCUUAUGGUAAAUGACUCACAAAAGUGAUUUAACAAUCAAAAGAAUGUUAAUUUUGAAAGUGAUUAUUUAAUCAUAAUUCAGAAUAACAAUGGCUUUAGUUUUGACGAGUCGGUUCUCACCAUUUAUGGUAAAUAGGAUUUUACCACUUGCAGAUGACUGGGAAAGUCACUACUGACUUACCAAACGGUAAUAAGGACUUGCUAAAGGAUAAGGGGAGGCCUCAGUGUUUGAGAGGCAAGGGCCUAGAGAUCAAUCACGUGGCAUAACCCGUGGUUUUCAGAGGAAAAUGGGGCCCAGAGAAGCCAGUAGCUUCCUGCUGGUGAACAGAGCGCUGGCCACAGCAGGGUGCCGGCUGUUUGCGUUUCCCACUUGAAUGUUCUUCAUGUACGACCUCCUUCUCCUAGUCACUAAGACUAGACUUUUCCAUGCAGAAAAGGCAACUGGAAAAGGGUAGGAAAGUAGCUUUAUGAGAUUUUACCUAAGUCCUUUUCGAAGCUCCCUUUGUGUUCCAGUCUUGGGUUGAUAUGAAUUCUCCUCUUUUCUCAAUUAACGGACUAAAGUCCCUCUUUAGUGUGCACAGUUUCUGAAAAAUGAAGUACUGUGUUCAGCUUUUAAAACUGUUUUCACUGUUUUUAGCUGUUUUCCCUUCAUCACCUACAGGAUCCCUAAAGAAUCAGCUUUUAAGUCGUAGAUGAAGGCUGGUGGUUUGCUGUAAACCUUCUGUGGAAUGAAAUGGGAUUUCAGUAUAAAUAAAACGUAACCACAAUGCUGCACGGGGCCCGCAGGCCAUGUGCUCAGUGCACACACUGCACUCUUCCUCCAGGCAGCCAUGCAUGCACACUGGCUUCCCUUGUGAUCCUGGGCACAAUUGGUCAAGACACCAAUGGCUGUGUCUACAAAAGGAAAACGCCUUUGUAACAAGUUCCCAAUAGAUAUCAAACCCCUAGCCUUGGUCUUUUGGUUUUAUACAAAAUUAAAUCAGGAGCUAUUCCUUAUUAAAAUUAAAUUCUUGGUGUAAGCCAUUUAAUUUACACCUUCCUCUACACUCUCAAAUGGUGUGUAGACAGGAGUGCUGGGAUUAUUCAUUUAAUCUUCUUUCCUGCAAACAGGACUGUAUUAUCUGAAGAUUCCUUAAGUAUGUAGAUUAGAUUUCACAAGUAAUCUACUCACUGCACAUAACGUACUUCUGUGUGAUGGAAUUUGAGAAAUAAACCAUUAGCUGUUAAUUCAGUAUGCUGUUAUUAAAUAACUAGACUGGUAACUGGCAUGUUUUAAUUUGUAACUGUUUAUCUGAUCACAGUAGAAACUGAAAUGCUGGGAGUGAAUUGUGAAUCCAGGCUCAUUGAGGGCCCAUGGGGACUGGUCCACUCACUAUGUAUUUUACUUAAGACUUAAUUAUAAAUGAUAAUUUAUGGGACACUGACUUCUAACACUUGUUUCUGAAAUGAAUUUUAGAAAAAAUAAAUUUAAAAAAGGUUCUGUUAA